AUGGCGAAGGCAGAGUUCGGUACUGCUAAAUUUCUGAGCAAUCAGCUGAAAGCCAAGGGCCUCCAAAAACUGCGACUCUACUGCCAAGUUUGCCAGAAACAGUGUCGAGAUGAGAAUGGGUUCAAAUCACAUAUACGAUCACCGUUUCACAUGAAGAAUAUCAGCAAGGUUUCUGACUCUGAUGUGGAAGAGUACACGAGACAAUUUGAAGAAGAUUUUCUACGACUACUGAGGUUGACUCAUGGUGAGAAAGAGAUAGGUGUCAACAAGUUUUAUAAUGAGUUCAUUCAGGAUAAACAUCAUAUCCAUAUGAAUGCCACCAAGUUCACUUCUUUGACGAAGUUCAUACAACAUCUGAGUAAAGAGGGAAAAAUUAAAGUACGUGGGUUGGAAGAUUUAUUGGAUCAAGAAGUUGAUCCCAGUCAAUUGACUAUAUCGUACAUCGACAGAUCUCACCAAAAUGUAUUGAGAAAGGCCAAGAUGGAAGAGCUGAGCAAAGACCACGAAUCUGAGCAAGCGAUUAGAGCUAAGUUACUUCAACGACAGAUUGAAACCUGCAGAGAAUAUGAAACUCUAGAUGAGAAUAAAAGUGAAAAAAUGGUGCCAAAUACAUCAACAGGACAAGGAAUUUGCAUAGAUUUAAACCAGCUUGGGAAAACUACGGGAGCAAGUAAAAAGGGUAAAAAGAAGAGUAAUAGAGUUAAUAAAAACGUAUUCAAAUAA